AUGGAGACCACCUUCAUUAUCGACUCAUCUGUAUGUGGGAGCGACAGUGACUGGAAUCGCUUAUUGUACUUUGUGCAAACAUUGGUCAGCUUCUUCAAUGUGUCUCCUAGUCCAUCUGGAGGACGUAUUGCUCUCAUUCCAUACGCUACUGACGCUAGCGUUGCUCUAAAAUUCAACACAUUGACUGGAAGCCGACUCAGUGAAGCAGAGGUCAAUAGACAAAUUGGUCUGCUUAAAUGUCAGGGUGGGUUUAGACGAAUUGAUAAAGCAUUGGACCUGGCGGACAAGGAAGUGCUGACUCCCGCCGGUGGAGUGCGAGAUAUCUCAAAGGUGAAGGCCUCUAGAAUACACUUUUUUUUCCAUCCUCAACACUUACAUAAACUGUACGGUUUGAGCACGAUAUAAAUCAGUCAUAUAAGAGAAAUCGAAGUCAACGAGACUUGAGACUACAACUAGAUUAGAUUAAAGGGAGUUGCUUGGCUUCGAAGGCUUGUGGGACGCUCACACAACCACAUCAGCAAUGCGUUUAGUGUGUGAUGUAUAAUUGAAUGCUGUUAUUUUAUUGUCAUAAUGAUUUUUUUUGUGGUUAUUAUAGUUAAAGUCUUUCCUGGUUUGUGGGCCAUUGUCUGCAAAUUUCUGCAGUUCGCUGAAAACUUUUGCAUCAUAUUGGUAAUUUUUCCUUUCCUUUUUUAUAGCCUGUUUUAGUUAUCACCGCUGGAAAGCAGACAAAAGAUCAAGGAGCAUACACGCCACUUGAUAAAGCCUCAUCCCGCCUUCAGAGUAAAGGAGCAGCUGUGUUCGUCUUGGGAAUAGGAGAAGACGUGGAUACCACAGAACUUAACCAGAUCGCCUCCGGGCCUAAUAACGUAUUUAGGGUGGACUCUUUUAAGGACUUGUACGAGAAGGCUAACGAAGCGAAGAGAGGAAUCUGCGUACUAGGUAUCAUUUGCAGACAGUAUCGUAACACGCACCCUUCAUGCAGUUUUCUUUUGUACGGCGAGUUGGCUAGGCAUAAUUUAUUGUUUUCCGCCAUGAUCUGCGUUAACAUUGUUACUUUGCCUUUAGAAUUUAUAACAUGUGGAGACAGCAAACGUGGAAAAAGUGAGAUUAGUAAUCCUUCUCUAAAAUGCAUUACUUUUUGUUUGUUCUUUUCAGUGCCAACAACGCCUACACCAGUACCAACGACGCCAGGUAAAUCAUGCAUGGCUAUGUUAAUUUGGCCAGUCUGGUAAUCUAUGUAAUGUUGUACUGUAGGCUCAUAUCGCGCCCGUGGGCCGUGGUCCGUGUUCCAUGUUAAAGGGCGAAUUUGCUUGCUGUUAGCGUUCGCAAGUUUGCUUAGAAUCUGCUUUAAUUUCAACAGAAUUGUGCCGAAUUCCAAUGGACACCACCUUUAUUAUCGACUCGUCGUUGUGUGAAAGCGACAGCAACUGGCAGCGCUUGCUGAACUUUGUGCAAACGUUGGUCAGUUACUUUAAUGUGUCACCAUCAGGAGGUCGUAUUGCUGUGAUUCCAUACGGCUCGGACGCCAAAGUGUCUCUAAAGUUCGAUACAUUAACUGGAAACCGUCUCAACGGAGAGGAAGUCAACAGGAGAGUGGGCAACCUAGCGUGUCAGGGAGGAUCCAGACGAAUCGAUAAAGCCUUGGAAUUAGCAGACAAAGACGUUUUGAUCCCCUCUGCUGGAAUGAGAGAUGUAUCACGGGUAAGAAAUAUUUUCUGAGUUACUAGACGUUUCAACUGGCAUUUGUAGUUUUUUCUCUGUAGAUUGACUCUGUUAAUGAAGACAGCUUUUGAUAAUCAAACUUGGGGAGUCGAGGGAAAUGGCCUGUGUAUUUAGAAGGGGCUUUUUGACCGGAGCUUGUUGAUCUACACAAGUCCGUGAUCAGAAAUAAAUAGUUAAAAUACCCUGAAAAAAAGAACUUUGUAGCUCACACUGAACAACACCGUAACAGUGCGUAUUCAUGGACUGAAAACGUAGGUUAUUGAUUUGUUUCCUUCCAGCCUGUUUUGGUUAUCACGACUGGAAAACAAACAGCAGACGAAGGAGUGUACACGCCUCUUGAUAUAGCUUCUUCUCGUCUCCAAGACAAAGGAGCAGCCGUUUUUGUCCUUGGUAUAGGGAAAGACGUUGACCCUUCGGAACUUAAGCAAAUUGCUUCUGGACCAAAUAAUGUCUUUACCGUGGGAUCAUUCGAUGACUUGGAUACCAAAGCUAACGAGGCCAAGAAAGGCAUAUGUGUGUUAGGUAUUUGAAUCUCCUGCAUUGAUUGUCCACAUUAUCGCCCUAAUCUACAUAAUUACGCGGGAUCUGAUUUUGUUUCUGCUUUGUAGUGCCUCCAACACCAACCAUAACAGUGGGAUCAACAACUCGAGGUAAGUGAUUUCCGUGGUAUAUGAGGUUUGUCUGCAUUUUGUACAUAACUUUUCUGCUGAACGGGUGGUUUGCAGUUGUUGUGGAGAUAGCGCUGUAAUCCUCGUAGGCUAUCAGACGUAAAAGAAAAUCUGCAACUAGCGCAAGGCCUGUAGAGAAUGCCGCAUGGCUGGAAUGCACGAAGAACAUGCACCGUACCUUGAGUCUAAUUACAGUACUUUGUCUUUUCUGUUUCAGAAGAAAUAUGCCCAAUCCCUAUGGACACGACUUUCGUUAUUGACUCGUCUCUGUGUGAUAGUGAGAGCAAUUGGAAUCGCUUGUUGUACUUUUGUGCAAACUUUGGUCAACUAUUUUAAUGUGUCACCGUCAGGAGGUCGUGUUGCGUUUGUUCCUUACGGUACUAAUGCUAGUGUAGUUCUGAAGUUUAACUCAUUAAGCGGAAUUAAUCUUAAUGGAGCAGAAGUCAAGAAACGACUUGAUGGCUUAAGAUGCCAGGGUGGUUUUAGACGAAUCGACAAAGCAUUGGAUCUUGUAGACAGGGAGGUGCUGACACCCGCUGGUGGACUGAGAGACAUUUCAAGGGUAAGUUGGAGAAGGAAGAAUAACCGCACAAAUUGACCAAUAACACGCUAGGCACCUGGUGGAUCAAAAGACUGACUUUGUGUUUUUCUAUUGUUUGUCUGCAGCCCGUAUUUGUGAUCACGACUGGAAAGCAAACAGCGGACCAGGGCGUAUACCUACCUCUGGAUAUAGCCUCCUCUCGCCUUCAGAGUAAAGGAGCGGCCGUGUUUGUGUUGGGUAUAGGAGAGGACGUGGACACCUCAGAACUGAACGAAAUUGCUUCUAGCCCUGACAACGUUUUUAGAGUGGAUUCUUUUGAGGACUUGGACGAAAGGGUACCAACGAUAAGAAGAGGAAUAUGCAAAUUAGGUAAAAUCAUCUUUCGGCUAUCCUUUUCCUAGUCAGGAGAUGGUUACUUAAGAAAAAGGCUUAAAGGAUUGACAGAGAGUCUUACUUAGUGUGUUUGUAAAUAAGAAGGGCUUUCAAGUAUUGCUUUGGAUAAUCUGUUGUUGUUGUUGUUGUUGUUGUUGUUGUUUUCAGUUCCAACCUUGUCAACGCCAACAUUAGCACCAACACCAGUACAAACACCUGCACGUAAGUAAAGAUUAUUUUGAAAAACGCUUAGACGGACUGGCUUGAAUUGAAAUGUAGUGCCAUUGUGCUUUUUGAACGAUAAAAUAACGGCGAAUAGAGUUUACUUGAUAUCGAUUCCACAUCUUACGUCGUCGUAUUUGAUUGGAGUAGGAGCUAUUAAUAGUAAAGUAUGGUUAGAAUGAGGUUAGGCUCAACAAGGAUACAGCCGAUUGUGGUGAUAGUUUAUUAGGUCAUCGUUCGGUAAAGCACCUAGAUUACAUAAGCGGGAUACUGUUAAAGUAAAGCGGGCAAUAAAUACUCCUAAUUGAAAAAAGCCGAUCACAGAGUUGCAUUGCUUGCCAUUUGCGGUAGACCAUUGAGCGUGGUACAUUCGUGAAAAGCGUGUAAGAUUCACGGCAAAACAAAUGGCAUAGUACAUGCCUAAAAUGCUCGUAAUCUUGUUUUUAUAAUGCGUGCAUGAAUUUUAAGACCUCAAGCUAGUGGAUCGUGUUUGCCAUGGAAGGAGAGGUCACACGAUUUUAUUUUUGCCUGACAGCCUGCAAAGCCUCUGUAGAUGUGGCAUUUAUUGUGGAUUCAUCAGGAAGCAUUGGUCGUAGAAGAUGGCCUCUGGUGUUAGACUUCUUAAAAAGAUCAUCAAUGAGUUCAAUGUUGGACCCGACGGCACACAUGUGGCGGUAG